GUGUUCGCACGCGCGUCGCGUCUCCUCAGCUCGAUGCGCAAAGUUUUGUGCGGAGCAAAAUUUCGCUUUAGUUACACUUUAAUCACUCGCAACGACGGUCGAUCGCCGUUUUAAGUCCUCGCCAUUCGGCAACUGUGCACUAAAACCAGCCCACGUCCCUUCGCACUUGCUCUCGUUCGAUUUUUCUUCCUGUGUUGCAACCUUCGUGUAGAGAAAAGGAUUUGCUAGACAGUUUGUGAGUGCUUUCUUUUGUUAGUGCAGUGCUAUAUUCCGAUUUCUCGAACAGCAGAAAUACCUGGCAUAAGUUAAAAUUCCACCGCUGCAAAAUUUUACGAGGAAGUUUAAAAAAAAGUGCUGACUGUUUUUCUCCGAAUAUUCGCUUUUUACUCAACCAGUUCAUACUACCAUCGCCUUACUGUGUGUUGGAAUCAACUCGCGGUAAUAUCGAAUCGCAGAUCUGCACUGGGUCUUCUUUUAUGAGGUGUCGCUUUUGCUGAACCGUCAAGAAAGCAGAAUAGAAAGGUACAAGCAGUAGACACAGCAGGUUAAAAAUAAGAAAACUCGUUUUUUACGUUUCUGAAACGUAAUUGGUAAACAUAGCAGCAACAACUACGACUGCAAACAGGAGUAUAUCUUUGCGUUUGAAAUAAACAUAAACGGAUACAAAUCAUAAUUGACUGAAACAUGACAACGACUCGAGAGCGGCGAGAAGAAUAUCACACUUCAAACGUGGUCCGCACGUUAACUCCCUCCCGGCCACUUUCCCCGGGAACCCACACGACUGAGUUCGACAGCAAUUUGGAUAACCUGCUGGAGGACCUGCAGGCAAGUGUUUCACGCCCGGGGAGCUCGCUGGGGCAACCCAUCACCGGUGGUUACACGACAACCCGUGAAGUGCAGUAUCUGCAGCCAGCCAACGUGACCACAGUUGCCCGGGAGCGCUCGCUCAGCCCCAGUUUGCACUCGAACGAGCGGAAAGUGUACAAAACAGCCAAAUACGAAUACAAAAGUAGCAGCAACAGUGGCACAGCACCAGUGGCCGGUUCCCAGGGAGUCAGCGAAGUGUACCAGCGCAAUAUCAAUCAGCUUGACACACUGCUUAACGAUCUCGAGCGGGAGCGAGAUUCCUCCUUGGACAGAAGUCAACGUAGCCUCAACCGAGCAGGAAUCGAUUCAGGACUAACGGAACCUGGAACGAAAAUAAUCAAAACAACUCAUACAUACUCAUCAACGGGUGGAAAACAGCCGGUAUCACGCGAGCUUAUUUUCGACUCGCCCGGUAGCUACGAAGUGCGUCAAUCUCGUUCCCGACAGCGGAGUCCGUCGUACGAGAACGCUUCAUCUACGGUUAAAAAUGUCUCCUACAGUUCCGAUAACAGCGGAAUCUACGGUGGAAUCAACCGCUCCCGCACGGUUACUCCGGUCCGAUCUGAGCAGUAUUAUACCGAAACGCGUACCGUUUCGCCGAAUUCCGAUCUGGUACCCCGAAAUGUACACUACAACGAAUCGAUUACGACAGACACCAUUCCGGCAUCCAAGGCACUGGCCAAUAUCCCUCUGUCCGAUAACAUUUUACCACGACCGAAUACGAAAGUGACCACAACCGUUCGCACUUAUACCUACGAGCUACCGCCAGACAACGAACUAAACCAAACCUUGGCUUAUCGUAAUGAAUCUUUCAACCAAACCACAAAUACCUUGCCAGCAGCGUAUCCAGAGCGCGAUCUAUCUCCCACGCAGCAUGUCAAUCCUAGUUCGAAGACAAUUCUAGUAAAGAACGAAACCAUCAACACAUCAAACAACAUCCAGGAGUAUCCAGUUCCGACGAUAUUAGACCACCAGCUUCCACCUAACACAGCCAAAACGAUUUACUACAAAAAGGACACCAAGCAGUCGACCACUAAUUACUAUCCGGAACACCUGAACGGCCCGUAUCCGACCAAUUUCCAGGCAAUCGAAGGUCCACCGUUGGGAGAUCAUCCUCCCCCACGUCCAAUCAAGUAUACCGAAAGUCCUGCCUAUCCACCGGGCCAGAACACGUACAUUCACCGCGAGGAACGCACCAACACAACUAACAAUCGCUACGGAUCGCCGGUUCCUAUUGUGGAAUAUCCAGACCGACACGGAAGCUAUCCGCGGGAUCCACAGCCGACAACGGUAACCUACAAAUACAGUUCGACGACUACAAACGCUACCAGAAACCUGUAUCCACCCCCGGAGGAACGGGAGCCUCUUCUGCAUCCAUUCCCGACCGAUGGAAUUCCACCCAGCGAAGUGGACGGCACUCCACCGAAACGGGUGGAUGAUCUGAUGGCGACACUUGGAGAGAAUGGACAGAUAACCUAUAUGUCAAAGCACACGCAUGCCACCGAAAAUGGAACCGGUCCGAAAAAGCCCCGUGAAGUGACACCACCCCGGAAGACCGUCCAGCUGGAGGAACCAAUCGAUAGCAAAGCAGCAGCGGUCGUCUCAUCGAAAAACAUCGCCGGGCCACCGGUCUACUAUCCACCAGGGCAUGAAAUGUUCGCCAAGAAGGAAAGCGAAGCCGCCGCAUGGCGGGCUCAGGGUGAAUAUGCAAAAGCGAGUGGCAAGUACAUGUACGAGGCGGAAAGUAAAUCCAAGAGCAGUUCCAAGUCUGGUGCCGCCGUCGUACCCGUGUGUCUUCCGCUGUGUUGUGCCAUGCCGUGCAGUAUCAUGUAGAGGGUGAAACCCCGGUAGAAGAAUGGUGCAGCCCACAAGUUGUGGUUUAUUUUCGUUCAGAAAAUGCAAGUAGUUUGUAAGAAACCAUCAGAAAGCAUGAUUACUUAAACUAUUAACAAUGUUAACAAUUGAACUUUGUAUACAAGUGCCAUUAGCAGAGAGGAUAAAUUAUUUUGAAGGAAAAAUAAGUGUUCGAUGUUGAGAUUAAAUCAAUGCGUUCGAACGGAAGCUGAUAGGGCGAAAAAUGAAACAUAUUAUGCUUGAAUCUUGAAGACUACAAAUGCGUAUUAACAAUUUAUUUUGUUGCUAUGUUAAAUACUCUAAUACUUGCUAUCAAUAAAGUCGCGAUCCGAAA